CCGCGACGCGCUAACUUCUGUUAGCUCUUUUGGAAUGCAAACGGUUACUUCGUAAGGCUGUAAGCAGGUGACAUGGCAACCGGAGGCUCUCCUUUAGAUGACACUGCUGAAGAAUUGCACAACUGGACCGUAACCAAUGGCAGUCUGGAGGAUAGGCUGAACAACAUGGACUGGGGCAUACAGCAGAAAAAAGCUAACCGAUCUUCAGAGAAGAACAAGAAAAAGCUGUCUGCUAGUGUGGUGGAGAGUCGCUUGACUAAUGAUAUUUCACCAGAGUCCACCCCAGGAGCUGGCCGCAGGAAAGCCCGGACUCCUCAUUCCUUCCCCCACAUCAAAUACACUACACAAAUGUCUGUGCCAGACCAGACUGAACUAGACAAGCUCCGUCAGAGGAUAAAUUUUACAGAUCUGGAUGAGAGGAGCAUCGGCAGUGACUCUCAGGGGCGCGUCACAGCUGCUAACAACCAGCGGCAGUUAGCUGGAGUGAACAGGAAGCCCCACAACUACCUGCCUCUGCAUGUAAACACCAACAAAAGCAAAGAGCUGCUCCAUCCCUCAAUCUCGGCCCCAACCACUCCAGCUAUCAGCAAGGAAAUCAAAAAGCAGAGUCCAGGAAUCAGGGUUACGCUGACUCCCAUGGUUCCUGCUAAAGAAUCUUCCAGGCUCAGCCGAAGUGCCACAGAGAGAGGUCCCUUAAUGCAGCGAGAGCAUGAGAGACGCAAGAUGGUAUUAGACAGCAGCCAGGUGGUAAGCAAACUGUUACAGAUCCGGGACUACAUCAGUAAGGCCAGGUCUAUGAGGGAUGAUCUGGUGGAAAAGAAUGAUGUGCCGGCCAACGUGGAGCGUCUUUCUCAUCUCAUCGAGCACCUCAAAGAGCAGGAGAAGUCCUAUUUACAUUUCUUGCAGAAAAUGCUUGCACAGGAGAAUGGCGGAGAUGCUGGACUGCACUCUGCGAUCGGCCCGGGUUCACUGGCAGGGAGCGCUUUUCUUAAUGUAGAGACUGACAGGCCAGAAGCUGAACAUGCUGACCAGAGGGAAGAACUGGAAAACCUGCGUAAGCAACACGAGCUGCUGAAGAAGAUGCUAGAACAGCAAGAACAGCUCAGGGCCCUGCAGGGCCAACAAGAAGCUCUCAUGGCUAUGCAGCGCAGUGCAGAACACGCACUUGCUGUGAUUGAAGACACAGUUGUCACAGAAACCACUGGCAGUGUUUCAGGCCUGAGCAUCACGUCAGAACUGAAUGAUGAGUUAAAUGACUUAAUUCAGCGUUUUCACAACCAGCUACAUGACUCCCAGAGUAAAGCAGUGCCAGAUAAUCGGCGUCAGGCACAGAGUCUUUCUCUCUCCAGAGAAGUUUUCUGGAGGACUCCCCAGGCUGUUGGUCCACCUCAACACAGGCCAGUUCUUCACUCUGCUUCUGGCCCACACACCGACCUAGACUCUGAAGCAACUACUUCCAGUGUCAAACUCACCAAGAUGCAAGAACUCCAAGACAAAAAGCAAACCAUGGACAAGAUCCUACAAGAACUACAUUCACUAAGAGACCAGACACUUAACAAUAGCUCGUGUCGCAGCUUGUCGGUACAGUGCAGUUCAAGUAUAGCAGGAUCCUCAGAUUGUCCAUCUGCUCUCUUCUCUAACGGAGCCUUGGCUUCCACAUCCUUUCAACCUUUACUCGCACAACAACCGGAGGACCCCAGCUCCUCUGACAAGCUUAGGAAGCUUAAAGAGGUGCAUAAGCGUCUGAAUGAGCUGAGAGAACUGGUCCAGUACUACGAGCAGACUUCUGAUAUGAUGGUGGAUGCUGUCAACGAGAAUGUAAAAGAGGAAGUUGAUGAGGAGGAAGAUGAGACAGAGGAUGGCUCUAUGUUUGAAACCAUGUUUGGCUUGGAGCAGGAGAGUCGUCAAGCUUUAACUAACAUCAGAAACCCACCACGCAGCAGGAACUGGGCAGACUUGAACAGCCUGACCAAUGGGCGCAGUGUCAGGUGUAGUGCGACUAACAACCGCGAUGGCAGACUCAACACAGAGUGCGAGAUCAACAACAGGACAGCAACCAACCUCCGCAGCCUCAACAUCACCACGCCCAUAGAUUGCCAGUACAAUAGGGACAUCCCUUAUGGUCAGGUAAAGGAUGAAGAUGAGGAUGAAGAUUGUGUUGAUAAUAAUGAAGGGGCACAGGUUAUGGUUCCAGACAGUGCAUCGGAGUCCAGUCGACGGAGUAGCCUUAGGAAUGAUGCAGAUUUUGCUCCGAAGGUUCAUCGGCAGACGGCGAAGAAGAAACUCCGGCAGCUACAGGAGCUGGUGGCAAUGGUUCAGAGUGAUGACACAGAUGGAACAACAGCAAAUGAGGAUGAAGUUUUACACCAACAGCCUAACAAUACCAGAUCUCCUACAUCUGGCACAUCGGGGACUAGAUCUAAACAAAGUCCAAGAGAUCUUGCCCUGUCCAGCAAGGCCAGGGAGAAGCUGUAUGAAGAAAAACUGCAUCAGCAGAAGCAGGAGCUCAAGCAGCUCCAUGAAGAACGUCAGAGACUCAUUGAAAUCCAAGGCAAGAUCCAGGACUUGCAGUGGGCUUGUCCUGAUCUUCAGUCAUCUGUGUCCAGCAUAGGUAGUCAGCAGGGAUUGCUGAGAAAAGUUCCAGCUGCAGUUUCCAGUCCAGCUACUGGCCAGCUGUCUUCAUCUUCUGGACCCAAAACUAACUUGGCUGUCCUCAAACCCACCGCUCCAGAGGCAGCAUCUUCUUCUGUCACUGAUAAUGAGCUUUGGUCAGAAAUGCGUCGGCGACAAAUUCUGAGAGAAGAUCUGAGACAGCGCAGAAAACAUCUCGAGACAUUGAUGGCUGAACACCAGAGAAAAAGUGGUCUCUGUGACUCGCCCUGUCAGGUUGAAGACCAAGAGGAGAACGAUACAAAUUCACAACCUGUCAACAGAGAUGAAAGAACGAUGGCCACCUGGGGUUCCAGUUCAGGCCAUCUUGAUGAUGAUGAUGAUGAUGAAAACGAGGAAGAGGAUGAAUAUCACUCAGAAAUGUGCGCAGACGAAGAGGAUCGAGAAGAAUGUACAGAAAGUAGCUCUGAUGACGACAUUCAUGUCUUCUCACCGAGCAUGAACCAGUGCUCCUACAGCAACAGGAAGAAUCAAGGAAGCAAUCUGAAGCCUCCCGCAGCCUUUUCAGGUGACAGUGGUGGGCAUCUACAUAACAAGACUGAGGCGAAGCAGCAGUGCAGAACUUUGAAUCAGUCUGCAGGCCAGACCGGAGGUAUGCGUCGACAAGAGAACCUGUGCUGGCCCUUUGAGUCCUCGUUUGUUGACAGCACACCUCACUGGCAGGAACAGAUCAGCCAGCUACAGAGACAGCUGGAUUUUAGUACCAGCAUGUGUCAGACACUCCUGCAGGAUCAGCAGACUCUAUCAUACAUGUUGCAGACUCUGCUGACAGGACAGUACAGCGUGUUACCCAACAACCUGUCGUCACCACAGGUCCAACUGGUCAUGCAUCAGCUUAACCAGUGCUAUACUCAGCUGACUUGGCAGCAAAACAAUGUACAAAGAUUGAAGCAGGUCUUGAACGACCUCAUCCGUCAGCAGCAGCAGGGCUCAGAAGCAGGCUGGCAGACACAGAAGCAGGGCUCAGGACAGGAAUCCAACCCGGACCCUUCAGCGCCGCCUGGCAUCUUCCUCCCCUACAACUCUACUUUGAAUGCUUCUGCUUUAAACACAGCAAAUUCUUCAUCGCCUCCAUUCCCUCCCAGCUUUAACUUGUAUCCGUCAUUUCCUGCUGCCAUGGGGGGAUUUCCUCGAGGCGCAGUUGGCCCAGCUACUCCCGAGCAUCAGAACCUUCAGCUGGAUCAAAACGCUUCUAUUAAAACUGAGUGCAUGACUUUCCCUCCUCCACUGCAACGCUCCCCUCUUAACACUUCUGCUGACAGAAGACCGGCAGCCCGACUCAACACAUCCUACACAAAAAAUAUAACUCGGCUUCACACGUCUAAAACUGAGCUUCGAGAGUCUGCCUCUUCCUCCCCAUCGUUUGAGAAACCUCACUCGAGACGGCCAGAGUUCGACAAGGAGUCGCAGGGAAGCUUCAGCAGCAUCCCUGAUCCUGUUGAUCCAACCACAAUCACAAAGACCUUUAAGGCUGGAAGGAAGGCCUCGGCACAAGCCAACCUGGCCUCCCGAAGCAAAACGCCAAAAAACAAACGCAGGAGGAGCAAAGGGCACAGCAAGAACAGUGAAGGCCAUGAGAGUGACAGUGUCAGCAGCACUGUAGACUUUGUCCACCAGAGGGCAGCGUCGUCCCAUCACAGGGAUCAGAAUCAGAGACUGCUGGACAAACUGACUCAAGAAAAGCUGGACAGCAAGGCUAAGCUUGGGAACAAAAGAAAUGACCUCUCCUCGGCUUAUGCUUGGAGAACACCCUUCCUCUCUAACAGAAUUGCAUGCACAGAAGCACCAGAUGCAAGCAGUGACUUCUCACUCUUCGAAGCUCUGAGAGAGACCAUUUACUCCGAAGUGGCUACUUUGAUUUCCCAGAACGAGUCGAGACCCCACUUUCUCAUCGAGCUCUUCCACGAGCUGCAGCUCCUCAACACAGACUAUUUACGCCAGCGAGCUCUGUUUUGCCUGCAGGACUUGGUGACUAAGCAGCUGGCAGUGAGAAGCGCAGCAGAGGACCAGUUGCCCCCUCUUGGCCCUGCUGUGUGGACAACAGGCUCUCAGUCAGAACUGACACCCAGCCAGAGCCUUUUCACCAGCGAUGAAGAGGUGGUGGAGAAGAACUUGAGGCAUGUGCAGGACUUAAAGAGGAAGGAUGAUGCAGAAUCGGUGGAUAAUGACAGCAACAUGUCAACCUCUUCCAACCUGGAACCAUUUGCCAACGAUGAUCUGGGCAACACGGUGAUUCAUUUAGACAAAGCUCUGGCAAGGAUUAGAGAGUAUGAGCGCAUGAAGCUUAAAGCUGACUUUAACCACUGCAACACCAGUGCUGCAGGUUUGAACAGUUCUGAAGUCUCAAAUGCUGAACGCGCUUCUGCUAACCCCGCUGAACCAGAGGAAGGAGCUGCAGCUGGAGAUGUGCACUGCCCUCAGAUUGACACCCAACAGCUGGAUCGUCAGAUCAAAGCCAUCAUGACAGAAGUCAUUCCUUUUCUGAAGGAGAACAUGAACGAGGUGUGUUCACCCCAGCUGUUGACAUCUGUGCGGCGCAUGGUGCUUACUCUGACUCAGCAAAAUGAUGAAAGCAAAGAGUUUGUCCACUUUUUCCACAAACAGCUGGGAGGUAUUCUGCAGGAAUCGCUCAGUAAAUUUGUGGGUCGUACUUUGAAGGAUUGUGGGGAGGACCUGUUGGUGGAGAUUUCAGAGAUCCUCUUUAAUGAGCUGGCCUUCUUUAAGCUCAUGCAGGAUUUGGACAGCAGCAGCACACUGGCUGCGAAACACAAAAAUAAGAAACUGAACGAAAAACCCAGUAAAGCAAAAGAAGUUCUUAAUGAGAAUAUAGAUGUUACUUAUGUGUCAGUUUCUUCAGCUUAUGCUGAUGAAGAUAAGGACCAAGACGAAGCAGAGAAGGAAGGAAACUUUACCUUCCAGAAGCUUUAUCUGGAAGCAGAGCUGAAGAGCAACAAGAGCAGUGAUGCUGAAGAGGAGGAUGGAGGGCAUAGACAGGAAGUGCAUUUAUCUAUCAAUCUGUCCAAAGCCGAGACUCAGGCUCUGACUAACUAUGGCAGUGGGGAGGAUGAGAACGAGGACGAGGAAAUCGAAGAGUUUGAAGCCGGACCUGUAGAUGUCCAAACGUCCUUGCAAGUGUCUGCAGAUGGACAAGUAGAGCAGGAGCUCAGCACCACGGACACAACCAGCGGUGAAGUUCAGGAGAUAAAGCCUGAACAGAACUCUUCAGAGAAUAAUGAAAUCAACAUGUCAGCUCAGAACGUAGACGCCACAGUGAAGGAACAUACAGAUGUGGAGAACCAAAAUAUCGAGGAUGAGAGUAAAGUCGGGGCUGCUGCUCCCUCAGAGGGGGGCUCUGCUGUCUUCCCAGGUCAAGAUGUCCCCAAAGACUCAACGCCCACUAGUAGUCCUAACACGGACUCACCUGUCCUUGUCAAUGUGGAUGAGAUGGGAUCAGGUAACACGAGCCAAAGGUCAGAUGAAGACGACUUUGUCAAAGUGGAAGACUUGCCGCUGCAGCUUACAGUCAUGUGUGAGGAAGAGCUCCAGAAGAGAAUAGUGGAGGAGCAACAGAAUAAUAACCUCUCUGUGGAGAUCCUUAAUGGGAACACUGAAAUGGUGACGGGGCUGGUGGGAAAUGCUCAGACACUGAAGGAGCCAGAAACCAACAGCGCUGAGAACAUGUAAAAAAAAAAGAUGCAGAAAUGUCUCAAACUAUUACUGUCUUUAGCAAUAUUUUCCUCCCUCAGUUGGUUUUAGGUUUAUAAUUGGUUCCUGUUGUCGACUAUAGUAGCGAAGUUACGCAGUGGUCACAGAUUAGCUGUGGCAGUCAGACGGUUGUCAACAUUUAAAGUUCAUUGUUAUUCAUUAUAGUUUAAUGUAUUUCCUGCUGCUGAUCAACAGAUAAGCCUUUGUUUGAAAU